AUGCUACGUGGAGCAUCCAUCACUUUUGUCCCUCGAACUGUCGUCUUGUGUGAUGUGGGAUGUGCUGUGGUCGUGGGGGACUACCUAACUAAACCUUUACUGUCGCCUUCGUAGAGCGGUGGGAUUUGCUCAUUGUGCAUACAAGAGUGAAAGCUGGGAAGUUCCACGGAGGUAUGCCAUGGUACGUUGUUGUUUCAUUGUUGUUCCUGAUGCUCGUAGGCUGCUUUAAGAAAACUACUCAUGUACAUACGGCAGCCGCGGUUCUCUUACGCAGCUGAUGCACAGCUCACGCGGUGAAUAAGCCCACGUGUCACGAGGCAGGCGGACGCCGGGCAUGCCCCCGAUCGAGUGUUGGUUGGAAGCGUGUCGAAAAGCUCAGAGGAUACACACAACACGAUGGUGCUGCUGUGGUGUAAUGUUUCUGUGCAUCACACGUAAAAGUCUAUUAUAUAAUAAUACUAAAACUGCAUCACGUAUUCAUGCACAUCAGCGGAAGUCUCGGUUGUACUGUUCUGCCGGAAGGAGAGGGAGCAGCCGCGAACAAUAUUAUUUUGAGACUCUGCGUUAAUGUUCAAAGCUUGCCUUGUUGAUGCCCCUCAUGCCUUUGACCUUCUCCCGGCAUGUUACCACCAAGCCCAUUUCCACCCCUGCUGGUGUGUGAGGCUGCUCUCGGCGAAGCUCCCGCCGUCUCCGACGGUGCGGCGGAACUGCACCGACGGAGAUGUCUGUUCCAUUGUGUGGUAAGGUGUGUCAGUGUAGCCACAAUCGCAGAGAAACCCCCCCCUCUGACUGCCUCCAUCAUUAAUGAGCGUGCUCGACAUCCCACGUACUCCACUCAUGCCGUGAUAACAGGCGAGAUCUCCUGCGAACCCUGCAGUACUCACAGGCCAGGGGCACCGCGGACGAUACAUGUAAAAUUGAAGGGUGCCGUAAGUUGAGCGGAUGCCCCCCCCCCACAAAACGGCCACAGCCAGGAAAGACAGCAAAAAAACUACCACGGCGGAGAGGCGAUUGUGGUCAUCAGGCUCCCCUGGGCAUUUCGGAACACACUGGACACCUCACAGCCACAGAUAUACCCACCGCUCCUGCGCACUCUCGAGGGCCGCUGCCUCGUCCUCGCAGCGCCGGGGUCAGCAAGUGACGCCUGCCGUCACCCGACGCCAAUCGUCCGGCGGCGCGCGUAAGGAAGACACGGAG